AGAAUGUUAUUAGGUCGUGAAAUGUGUGAAUUAUUUAUUUGACUUUUAAGUAGCUUAGUAAAAUUUUUUGUAGAAAAUGUCUGACACUGACGAAGAUUUGGUUCCAAAUAGUUUUCAUAGGAUUCCUUACCAAAAAUCUGUCAUUCAUGGCACAUACGGUAACAUGACAACUUCAAGGUUCAACCAACCAAAUCAAUUCUUGGGCUUUGAUCAAAGGAGUAUGUAUACUAUGAGAGAGACUUCACCAGUUUCUCUUCAAAGUUUCCCGAGCUCUAGAAUGCAUUUGCAGCAGUCAUAUACUAGAGGUACAAUGAGCUCUCGAGGGUCAGUUUAUAAUGCAAGAUGUAGAUCACCUAUGUCAGUUAGAAGUAUUGACACAAAUGCAAGUGUGAGUGCAUCAGAUAUAGCCAUGGCAUUCAAAACUAUGAAAUUCAAUAAAUAUGAUUUACGAAUAAUACAAGAAGCUUACAAUGCUCAUAUGAAAAAUCGUAUGCGGAGAAGGAUUGGUAAGAAAAGAAAUUUAAAAUCAUUCAUAAAACAAUGUAGAAGAAAAUCAGGUGGGGAUUCUGGUGAUGAAGGAAGUAACUCUUCAAUAAGCAGUGAUGAUUGUCGAUCAACUAGAUCAGCAUUUCAUACAGAAAGUAUAUCAAGAGUAAGAAGCAGACCACCAAAAAUGGAUUUAAGAAAGUUCACUACACAAAUAAAAGAAAAUGAUAUUUACAAAGACUGCACUGAAAACUUCAAAAAAAAUUCAUUUCGAAAUUUGUUAUCUGGUAAUAACAGAACAGUUAAUCACACUUUUAUGCCUUAUCAUGACCAACUAAAUGUGCAAAAAAAUCAUACAUUCACUAAUAUACCAGAAACUUGCAGAGAUCAAAGCAGUAAACAAAUUCCUCCAAGUGUUACCUUAAAAGAUCGCUUAGCAAAAGACAAUUCUACGCUUUUGCCAUUCCAAAGGUUUAAUAAAUCUGGUUUGAAUCAGAUGCAUGAAAUGUCUUACAAAGAAAAAUCAAGUAUCCAACAAAAAGAGUCAGCCAGCAACAGAAGAUAUGAAGAUACUGAUAAUAGAAGUGAUGAUGACAUUUUCCCACAAAGUACAAGUAGACUCCAAUUGCAAUCCACUUUGCAGAAAAAAAGAGUACUUGAAAAUGACAAUACACCUGAGAAAAAAAGGAAAAAACUAUCAACGUCACCUGACAACCAAAACAAACUUCCAGUUAAUAAACAAAAAUCCGUUACUAAUAAUAAUGAUUUUAAUUUUAAGAAACCUCAAUUGCCUGUGAGAAAGAUUGGCCCUGGUAUGAAAAGCAAAGAACCAGAAAUAUUGAUUUCAAAGUCAUCUCAACCUCUGUUUGGAAACUUGGAUCCUAUACCUAUUCAAUUAAAAGAAAAACCUCAAAUAGUUAUUAAUAAAGGAGAUAAACAAGAUAGCAUUCAAUCAAGUAAAUCAGUGACACAAAAUCAUAUAGACUCUAUGAAUAGCAAUGCUGACACUACUCAAAACUCUACUGAUGUAUCAAUGAAACCUAGCUUUAUAAAGAGGAAGUUAUUUACACAGAAGCUGGAUAUCGCCGAAAAUAAGAAUGUAAGCAGUGACAAUUUAAAUAGUCCCCAAACAAAGGUGUUGAGGACAUGCAGAGAGAAGAAUAAAGUAAGAAAGCUGACAUCACAGUCGUGUUUGAGCAACGACAUUCUCGGCGAUAGUAGUCACCUAGAUUUAAUACACAAAAUUGUACCCCCUGACCAAAUCAAAAAUCAAAAUUUAAAUGUCACAAAAGCAACAAAUAAGAAGGAAACCAGUAAAAAUUGCCUAGACAAGAAAGGCAAGUGGGAUGUUACUUUAGCAGUAUCUGCAAGCAAACUUGAUAAUAACAGUGAUACUUACACUGAUGAAGAAAUAUUCAAUUUACCACAAGAAAAGAAAAAGAAAUCACCGACUAACAAAAAUACUGACAAAAGGCCUAAAACUGUUUCUUCGCUAGAAAAGAAAAGUAAAGUUGUAUCAAAAUGUACAGUUGUUGUACAAAAACUGCCAGAAUCUUUUAAAGACAUCACUGAACUAAGAGAAGAAUGUCCAAAAAAGAGAACAAACUUGAGUUGUGCAAAAUCAUUUUGGGACACUGACUAUGAAACUGACAUGGACGAUGCGAUAACUCUAUCUUCAAGGACAUUUAAAACAAACCAAAUAACAAAGCCUCAAAUAACAGAAAAAAAUAACAACACAAAUGUUUUCAAGUCAAGUGGCACCAUAUUAUCUACAACAAGUCCUCAUAAACUGAAUAUGAACCAAAGCUUAAGAUCAUGUCGCUUGAGAGCAAAUCUUACCAAAAACAAUACUCUUCACAAUUUUCAUGCAGAUAAAGAAAACAACAGUAAUACUAUGAACAGAAGUACAAGAUCACGUUCCAAAAAUAAAGACACUGUGGUCAAGAAUAAAACUGAAGCAAAUAAACCUAAACCAAGAAACCAAAAAACUAAACCCAAAGAUAAAACACCUGGUAAAAUUAAUAAAAUACAAUCUGAAUCCAUAUUUAACAUAUCAAGAGAAAGUUUAAGACAGAAAACACAAAGUGUCAGUCCAUUGCCUAAAGAUAGCAACCAAAAUAAUAAGACAUUAAAUAAAUCUGGUAACACAUCCAGAGAAAGUAUGAGACUUAAGCAAAAAAGGGAAGUUAAAUUAAAUUGUAAGAAAAAUAUUGUUGCUAAUAAAAAGAGAGCAAAUGUAAAAUAAGUUAAAGCGGUCAUAUUCAUUUAAAAAAAAUAUAUUACAAAGGUAAUUGUCUGCGAUCCCAUUGCAAAUCUUAGCAUCAUCAUUAACAACCCUUAUUCGGUUCACUGUUGAGCACAAGUCUCCACUCAGAAUUACAGGGGACUCGUGCAGUGCAAUGUUGCGUAGAAAACAAGUUAGCUUGCUUCCAUCUUAGAUUGCAUCAUCACUUACCAUCAGGUGAGAUUGUAGUCAAGGGCUACUAUCUCACCUGAUGGUAAAUAACUUAAAAAAAAACCGUGUACUUUAUAUUAAAUGACUAAACUUUUUUUAUAUCAUAUCGGCGGGACCGCUUAAACUUGAUUUUAUUUCUCUUUUAUUUAAAUUUAUUAUGUAAAUAAUUAUGUAUUUUUAAUACUUUGUAAAUAUUUUUUAAUCGGAAAUCACUUGCUCGGGAAAUUUCUCAUU